GUGGGUUAGAAGGGGGUGGUCAGUAGGUCAGAGAGGUUCUCCUGCCCCUCUGCUCUGCCCUGGGGAGACCACACCUGGAAUAUUGUGUCCAGUUGUGGCCCCUCAGUUCCAGCAGGACAGGGAACUGCUGCAGAGAGUCCAGCGCAGCCACCAAGAUGCUGAAGGGAGUGGAGCAUCUCCCGUGUGAGGAAAGGCUGAGGGAGCUGGGGCUCUUUAGCUUGGAGAAGAGGAGUGACCUUAUUGAUGUUGACAAAUAUAUGAAGGGUGAGUGUCAGGAGGAUGGAGCCAGACUCUUCGCGGUGACAACCAAUGAUAGGACAAGGGGCAAUGAGUUCAAACUGGAACUCAGGAGGUCCCUUCCAAUCCCUAAUAUUCUGUGAUUCUGUGAGAGGCCUGGGGGGUGACAGGACAUGGCCCUUUUGUCACAGCACACCGGGCUGUGGAAUGCGCGGGGGCUGCGCGGUGCCACUGUGACUGCAGGUGAGGCGCUGCUGGUGACCCCUACAGUUGGUGUCCCGGGAAACCCCCAAACAGAACCCUGAGACAGGGGCGCCUGAGCCGGGCCUGGGAGCGCUGUGGGACAGAGAGGGAGCAGAGACGGAGCCGAGGCCGCGGGAGCCUUUCCCUCCUGUGCGCCUGCCCGGGCUGUGAGCUCGGGCUCAGCCCGCAGCGCUCGCCCCAAAGCCCUCGGUGGACCUUCCUGCUGUCGCCGUGGGGGCAAACCCAGCGUGGGGGCCAGGGCACCGUUUGCCACAGCAGACGCUGUUGUGGAGCAGCAGCACCCGGCCAUGGGCACGUCACGUGUCUACUACAAGUUCUUCGCCGCUCUGGACUACGAAGCAGUCACCUUCAACGGCCUCCAUAUCUCCCUGCACGAGCUCAAGUGCAAGAUCAGGGCUCGCAAGAAGUUGAAGGCGACCAAGUGUGACCUGCUGGUCACCAACGCACAGACCAAAGAAGAAUACACAGAAGAUAAUGCCCUGAUUCCAAAGAACUCAUCAGUGAUUGUUAGAAGAGUCCCUGGUGGAGGAGUUAAAGCCACCAGCAAAACAAAUGAUGUGGUUCCUGAGUCACAGAAAAUCCUCCAAAGUGCUUCCAGAAGCCGAACGGAGGCAGCGAGUGGAACAUCAAAAGCAAUUGAUGACUCUUCUGCACGUAUGGCCCAGCUUAUUAAGGCUGCCAAUCUGGCUGAAACCGACGCUUCCGAAGAAGAGAAAAUAAAAGCCAUGAUGAUACAGUCCUGCCAGGCAUACAAUCCAGUCAAUUUCGUGAACAAACACUCGGGCCCGCCUCCACCAUCAUACACUUGCUUUCGUUGUGGACAGCCUGGCCACUAUAUAAGGAACUGCCCAACUAACACGGACAAAAAUUUUCAGCCUGUUCCCAGAAUUAAAAAGAGCACAGGAAUUCCAAGGAGUUUCCUGAUGGAAGUGAAAGAUCCCAAUACCAAGGGUGCUAUGCUGACAAACACGGGAAAAUAUGUAAUACCAAUUAUCAGUGCGGAAGCUUAUGCGAGAGGAAAGAAGGAAAAGCCUCCCUUCCUACCAGCGGAGCCGCCCUCCUCCUCCUCCUGCUCAGAUGAGGCUCUUGUUCCAGCUGAGUUGUUAUGUCUCAUUUGUAAAGAUGUCAUGACUGAUGCAGCUGUUAUUCCCUGCUGUGGAAACAGUUUUUGUGACGAAUGUAUUAGAACAGCAUUACUGGAAUCUGAGGAACACACAUGUCCAGUGUGUCAUCAAACAGACGUUUCUCCUGAUAGUUUGGUUGCCAACAAGAUCCUGCGCCAGGCUGUGAACAACUUCAGAAAUGGGACUGGCUACAGUAAACAGAUUCAGCAGCAGCAGCAGCUGCCACCAGCACCAGUGGGACAACCAGUGACACGCAACCCGCAACCUCUACUCCGGCCGACAAUUUCCAAACAGAAGGAUCCACUAAUUCCUCCAUCAGCUUCUGUGUCUUCUCAUUCUGCUGCUUUGUCAUCGUUUGGCCCUACUCAGGCAUCUGGGGCAGCUCAGCUGCCAGGAAUCCUGCCUUCUGUCACUGUCCCUGGUGUCCCACCAGCAGUGUCCCUGCCCUUCCCUGGACCUUUUCGCGAGGGUGAUGUGGUUACAGCUCCUGCUGCUCUGGUGAGCGCCGCUGGACUUUCUCAACCCUCCUCUCUGACCAGCAGCGGUUUGUCGGGAGAGCAGGGCUGUCAGGUUCCUGUGCUAAGACACCCAGCUCUGACAAGUCUCCUGGGCCCGCAAGGACAAUCAAUACCCACCAAUGGUCAGGCAGUGAGAGCCAGUACAGUCUGCUCAGCCAGCGGGAGACCAGGCUGGGAACUGUCCAGGUCUCCCCAUGAUGCUCCAUCUCACUCCAGAAGUUCAUAUACCUGCUCCAAGUCAAGACCAGGCUCUUCCCACUCUCGCACCAACUCUGGAUCAUUUAGUCAUUCCCAGUCUGGUUCCCGCUCCCGAUCACCACCGUGUCAAAGAAGAGGCAGAGCGAACAGUCGUGACCGUCGUUCUAGUCCAAGGUCACGUCGUCAUUACCGGUCAAGGUCUCGCUCAUGCAGAAGAUGCCGCUCACGGUCAAGGUCUCCGGUGUUUAGAGGCCAGUCUCACACUAAAAGGACUGUGCCUCAAGGGGAAGGAGAAAGGGAAUAUUUUAACAGGCACGCAGGAGGUCCAGCAUCUUCUAUGAAAGGUUACUAUGGCAGACCUGUUGACAUCAGAGAUCCAUUUGAAAAGGAAAGAUGCAGAGAAUGGGAAAGGAACUAUAGAGAAUGGUAUGGCAAGGUUUACAAGGGCUGUGCUGUUGCUGCUCAACCUCCACCUGCAGUGAACAGAGAGAACUUUUCUCCUGAGAGGUUUGGUCCACCUGGGAGCAGACAAGAGAACUCAGCGUGUGCUUGGGGAAACAGGGAGGAUUAUCCUGGUGGGCAGAGCCACAGAAGUCAUAAUAUAACUGGACAUGACGGUGAAGAACCUUCUGGAAGAGAGGGGCCUGGCAUCAGUGAUCCUAGAAAAUCAAAAGAGAAGGAGGUGAAAUAUCCAUGGGGACAUGACAAAGGAAAUGAACAGAAAAGACACCAGAAGAGAAGAAAGUGCAAUGAGAAUGAAGGAUUUUGCAGUGCUGAGUUGCUGGAAGGUGCAAGAACAGCAAGAGAGCCAGUUCCAGCAGGAGACGAUAAAACAGACUCUCUGUUCGUGCUCCCGAGCAGAGGUGAUGCCACCCCUGUCAGAGAUGAGCCUAUGGAAGCAGACUGGAUUGCUUUCAAACCAGGGUCUGGAGAGGAGAGAACAGAGAAGGACGAGCCAAAAGAAAAGAAUGACCAGACAAAGUCGAAAGUAGAAGUGGCUGCUCCUCCUAAGAAAGACGACACAAUAAUAGCAGCUCAAACUUCCCAGGAGACGGUGGACACCGAUUGUGAAAAUUCUCCUCAAAUGGAACCUCCUGUGAAAAAAGUGAAGAAGGAGUUGUCAAAGAUGAACGAUGCUGUAAUAUCUUCCUCCCAAAAGGAUGAGAAGGCUCCUGGUGCUCCAUGGAAAUAUCACCCCAAAGUGACAAAAGGUCACCCAGGAACCAGAACAGCCAAGGAUGAAAAGGUGAAGAAAGACCAUCCAAAAGAAACCAAAUCAGAGAAGCCCUCCAGAGAGGACAAGUCAGAAAAACCUGCGGAAAAAAGCAAAACUUCUGAUGCAAAACCUGAAAAAGGCAAAGGAAACGCAGAUGAAAAGGUGGAUGAGGAGCAUGAAGCCACUUGCACAGACGCCUCAAAACCAGAAACUGCUGAAUGGAAACCGUCGGCAAAGGGGAAGAGUGAGCCCGAUGCUGGAAAAGGGGAGCGAACUCCAGAAACAGCUAAAUGUGCGUUUCUCAACCGUCCCGCAAAAGAGAUUGAACUUCAGCAAGAAACUGGCGAAAAUCUUGUGAGAGGAGAAAAUGUGCCUCCUGCAGAAGAUCCUGCGGGGAAACCCAAGGCAAGCAGUGGUAAAGUUAAACAGGAUAAAGCUGAGGGGAAAGCACGAAUAAGAGUAACAGCAGCUGAUGGAUCUAGUUUAGUUCUUGUGGGUUACACCAGCAGCAGUUCUACUGAGGGAAGGCCCAGGACAAAGACUGAAGAAAAGCCAGAUACAAACCAAACUGUCAUUAAGACCAUGGAGGAGUAUAGUAAUGAUCUAAGAGCUCCUGCAGAAGAUGUCAUCCUUACGAUCCAAGUCUCUGGAUUUGUGAGCAUGUAACAUGAGAGGCUUUUCUUACCAUGUUAUUUUUAACCACCAUUAAUUAGUCUGUGUGUAGUAAAAAUGUUGAGUUACUUUUAAUUGACUGGCAGAAGCAGCUUGUAUCAGUUAUAAAACAUCGGCAGAAUGACUUGCAGAAUACAUUGCAGCUCUGUUAUGUCACUUUUUGCUUGCAAUAAAAGGUUUUCAAUAAA